GUGUCGGAGUUCUUCAGCAUUUUCCAAGGUGUACCUGGAGAACUCAAAGAAGUUGUCAAGAAGAUACUGCCAUGCUGCUCUUCUGAGUUCGUCGGUAUUUUGGAAGUGUUGCACCUUCGAGUCUUCGGACAUGAAAAAAUGACACUUUUUCAGCAAAAAUAA